GUCCCGGUUCCGGAGAUGGGAGGCUUCCGGGUGUGGGGCCGCGUCUCGGGGGGAUGGCGCCGGGGACUGGGGGUCUGCUCGCGGCCCCGGCACGCCGGCUGCGACGCCCGGGCCCGGCGGCAGCCGCAGCCCCGCGGCUCGGAUCCCUCGGGGGCCCCGGGGUGGCCGCGGCCGGGCGGCCUCGGGCGGGAGGAGCUGCUGGACGCGCUGCGGGCGGCGCAGCUGCACCGGGAAGGGCCUCUAGUGACGCUGAACAAGCCCCCGGGACUGCCAGUGUCAGGAAAACCUGGAGAGCUGACAUUGCAGUCUGUGCUGCCUGAGCUGAGCCAGGCGCUGGGGACUGGGCCGCUCCAAGUGGUCCGGGCACCUGGGAAGGAGCCCUCGGGGCUCGUGCUCCUCUCCAGUUGUCCCGAGACAGCCAGCCGCCUGCAGAAGUACUUUUCCCACUGCAGGAAGGCCCAGAGACCCACAGCCACCUACUGGGCCGUCACUGAUGGCAUCCCCACCCCCUCCGAGGGGAAGAUCUGCGUGGCCCUGGCCCUGGUUCACACUGAUGACGUCAGCCGGGUGGUUCCGGUCAAGUCCCCAUCCCGAAAGGACAUUGUGGAAGGUGUCAAGAGGACCCUCAGCCACUUCCGGGUGAUGGCUACGGGCUCUGGCUGUGCCCUGGUCCAGCUGCAGCCACUGACAGGGUUCCCGUGUCAGCUGCAGGUGCACCUGAUGCUGCAGCUGUGCCCGGUGCUGGGGGACCACGCGUACGCCGCGCGGGUGGGCACCGUCCUCGGCCAGCGCUUCCUCCUGCCAGCCGACGCCAGGCCCCGGACACAGGUCCUGGACGACGCCCUCCUCGGCCUCCUGCGCCUCACCCCCGCCCAGGCCACCCGCCUGCCUCUGCACCUCCACCUGCACCGGCUUCUCCUCCCCAGCACCAGCCGCAGGGGGGCCCCCGGGGAGCUCCUGGCUCCCCUGCCCCCCUACUUCUCCAGGACCCUGCAGUGCCUGGGGCUCCCCGAGUAGCCGCCCUUCCUCCACGUGUCCCCGCCUUGCCGUGCAGAGGGGAGCCCGGGGUCAGCGCCGCGUGGUUUGUGUCUUAGGCCCCAAAUCGGGGGACCCUGAGACCAAGUCCCGGCCAGGCCGCGCUCGCUGCGUCCGCUGGGGAAGGGACUCCUCUCUCGACUUGAGAUAAUAAAAAUUCCUACCUCAGGGUCUGCUUCAGAGGACUUGCUGGUAAACAGAGGUUUACCGUG